UAGAAGAAAAUGUGAAAUAAAAUGUUGGCAAAAGAAAUAGUGUCUCAAGAAUUUAGCAGUGAAUGAAUGCAUUGAACGAUAGGCUACCCAUAGAUAGCGGUGUGAAUGCGAAAUGCAAUACAUAUUAUUGCUAUUCAAUAGACAUUGAAUGCAACGACAAUAAUAUGGCGAAUGAGAUGAACGCCAAUGAUAUCAGUAUUAGUGUUAGAGUCAGACCUAACAAGUCCUACACCAACCUCACCACCGGUGCCGCACAUGUGGCCAACCAUUGCGGCCACACAGACAUCACCGCCGAUCACAGCACACCCGCCACAGAGCACACCACCCCUCACGACCCCAACCAUCGCAACCAUUGUAAUCAUCGCAACGACGAGAUAACACGUCCGGCCCUCUCAUCGCACGUAAACACGUGCGCAAAGUUUGUGAUGGAUUUGAUGGGCCAGAAAAGUAAACUGGCCAUGGUCGCACUUGUGCUCGCCGUCAUUGUCACCCUAUUGGCCGCAAUCCAUAGCGGAGGUCUUCGCACCCGUAAGUCUCCACUGCCCACCAAAUUCUUCGACGAAGACCUGUUGCCGAUCGUUGACUACGAAUCGGGAGAUUUGCAACAACUAUCCCUUCGGGCCCUUCAAAACGAUGUCUCAUUCGUCAUGUAUUACGCCCCCUGGGAUUCAGAAUGCAUUCGGGUUAAGAAGGAGUUUGAAACAGUGGCCAAACAUUAUCGACAUCAGAUAUUCUUCGCGGCCAUCAAUUGUUGGUUCCCCGACGGCCAGUGUCGACAACAUUACAAUCUCCGUCGAUAUCCCGUACUAUUAGCUCACGUGCGAAUGGCCGGCGAAGUGGAGUACAAGGGCCCAGUGAUGGCCAGUUAUAUGAUACCAUUUCUGGACAAUCUGCUCGAUCCGGUGAUACCCGUCCAGAAUGAGGGCGAUUUGCUGGACCUGAGGGCCAAACAUGAUGCCAUAUUGAUUGGAUACUUUGAUUUCAACGAAUCGCCUCAACCGCCCGGUUAUAAGCAAUUCUUCUCGACAGCUGUCAAAGCGCUGGCGUCCGACCCGUGGCGGACAGUAUGCUAUUGUGUGAUAUCCAGCCGUCGAGUGGCAGUGAAACUAUCUUUAGCUAAACCCCAACGGCUGACGCUAUUCCUCUGGAAUACGACCGAACACUUCGGCACCAAAUCCAUCAAAACGGCCACAAUUUUGAGUUGGGUUUACAGUCGCGUACACCAGACGCAGACACUCCGAUGGCUCACACCGUCGGGUAUUAAGAGCAGCGCUUUGUCGGAUGUGAUCACCAAAAAUCCCACAUUUGUUUUGUUUACUCCAAGAAGUUUUGUGUUAGGGAUCUCUCCGUACUUCGAUGUCUUACGGGAAGUGGUUAUGGAUUACUAUAACUGCGAAAACUCGCCACUCAUUCGGUCGGUAAUACACAGAAGUAUUCUUCGGCGACACUUAUUGGAAGAAAAACUGAUGGAAUUGGAGGAGAAGUGUCACGAAAUGGCUCAACCGAUGGCCGCCAUCACCACCGCUAAUACAUCAUCGGCCAAACGGGUAGUACUGGACGGCGACACGUGCUGUCACUCACAAGUGGUCCGUUGGCGGCCGUCGAGCAAAGCCAGCGACAAGAAGUGCUUCUGCACCGCUUGCGUCCACUUGAGUCUCGCCAAAUGUCCGGCCAAUUGUCAGCGGUUCAACUGCUUGGCCACCGCCGCCCGAUACCUCACCGACUUUGAUCCCAACAGUGCCAACAAUACCGCCUCGUAUUGCAAUCAAAUCAAGUUCUCGUUUACGCCGAAGUAUACCUCGUAUUAUCGCAUUGUCACCACUUGUUCCGGCACUCAUCCCACGCAUAACGAGUUGGGCGACAAGUACUUCAUCACCGGCGCCAACGCCGAAGACUCGCAACAAUCGUUCGACGAAACGGUGGCCAAAAUGGUGGAGAACUCUGAGCUCCAACACUGUCACCGACUCAAUCUGGGCCUCAAAUACAGUGACCUCAACUUCCCGGACAGCGCCGACGGCCAACAGCAGCAACACUGGAGGGCAAACUUCACGGGUCUGUCGUGUCGGGCCAAUCGCACGCUCCGAUUCGCGGCCAUCGAUUCCAUACUGUUUCCCGCGUUCGCCGAGAAUAUCGGUAUCGAUAUAUUCAACGAAACUCACGCCACAGUCGGCGUGAUUGUGGACGCGGCCAACGAGUUGGUACACGUGUUGACCAACGAUAUGAGCGACGCCCAGACUAUCAGCAAACGAUCGCUCGUGGAGUUUGUGAAAAACUUCACCUCACAAUCUUUGCCCCGAUUUUUGAAGAGCACGUCAUCGCCGGCCACUUCUGGCUCAUGUGUGGCGGCCGAUAGUGGCGGUGGCGCCGGACGUGUGAUAUGCGUACCCGAACUGAAUAGCGAUACGUUUACGCGAUCAGUGCUCGACCCGUCCAAAGACGUUGUGGUCAUGUAUUACGCCCAGUGGUGCGGCUUUUGCUCAACAAUUGCUCACAUAUACCUAGAAGUGGCCCGACUUUUCCUCGACGUUAAGGGCGUUGUGUUCACGAGAAUCAAUGGUGACGCCAACGACCUUCCCUGGGAGUACACCGUUGACAGAUAUCCGACGAUUAUGUUCUUUCCGGCCAAACGGAAAAUGGAUAGCGUAUCGUUUCCGGCCAACGAGUCGAUAACGACCAGUAGUUUAGUGCAAUUUGUGUGGACACACUCGCAUCCGAUGGUCCGCCUCCAGGCGUCGCUCCAGUUAUGUAAUCGCAAGUGUUUGUUGAAUAAUCUCCACUCAAGUCACCGACACUGGCGACAGACGCUGCGGGCACUCAACCAUCGCCAGCGAGAGUUGCGAUUAGUGCGCGAAAAGUGGGCCGAAAUUCGUGGCCGAAGUGGUCAGAAGUUGACCGCCAAAAAGUCGGCCCAACUCUCAGAACUCAAACUGGCGGCCAAUCGAUUGGUCCAUACAAUACGGGCGUUGAGACAGAAUGUGGUGAAGAUAUCGCUGUUGCGGACAUUCAUUUUGGCCAAAACCCGAUCGUUUGAUCAGCGAUUGAGCCGAGAAUCGAUUCACGAGUUUUUGACACACUUUAAUGAGACGACAACCGGUGGCGUCGGGCGACCGGUUUUGGCCAAACGAUCGGCCGCUAAAUCGGGUGAUAAGAAAGCGGCGCCGAAAGCGACGGCCGCCGCGAAAAAGUCGACGAAAUACUCCGAGACUAAACCGACGACAAAAGACGAGCUUUGAAUCGCAAUCCCAAUAAUAAAUCAGUGCUUCAAUCGAUUGAUUGAUUGAUUAGUGGACUUAAUAUUUAAGUCAAAAACCAUGAAAAUCAACGACAAAAACACACCAAAUGUGAUGAAAUUGUUUUCAUUUGAUGUUGAAAUCAAGAGUCAAUAAUUAAUGAUAAUAUUUAUUGUUUAAAUUAUUUAUAAAUAUAACUGAAGAAUAUAUAAGUUAUUGUAAUUAUUAGGUUUUCUCUC